GCCGUAGCAACAGAUCUGCUGUCCCCGCAUUCCUCCACCCGGCAGAAAAAAAAAGAAAAGAAGAGAAGACACUAAGAGUGACGACGACUGUCUAUCAUCUCACCAAUUUUUUAUCCUCUUUCUUCUCUUCUCUUCCUCGACAAUAUUCCUCUGGUUAACUUGGAAGAUGGUUUGUUCUUGUGGUGGGCUCCGGCAGACAUAAUCUCCCCCCUCACUCUCCUUCCCCUCCCCUGAACAAACCACCAGCCAGCCCCGACCACGCUACCCAGCCACCCAACCAGCACCAGCAUCAGCAUCAGCACCCAAAAGUCGCUGCAAGGCGUCACGGCGACGCCCGCCGCCGCCGCCGUCGACGAACUACGAAAACGAGCACGACGACGACGACCAUGUCGUCCUCCCAGCCCACCCAAGCCCAGCUAAACCUCGCCGCGCUCGCUCGUUCCCCAUCACCACGAGCCAUGCGAGGCCUUCGGAAGAUUCAGUCCCACGGGGUCCUCUCCCCCAACUCUCCGCAGCCGCCGCUGCCGUCCGGGUUGAGCAGGACACCCUACACGUCACAGCCUUCUACCGCGCGCACGUCCGCGACCGCGGAGGAACUCACCCUGUUGGAUUCCCCCGUGCGGUUACGGUCACAUCGUCGCGCGCGAUCGAAUAGCGAUGCCGGAUCGCGCGAGUUUCCGGCUAUUGGGACGCAGCGUCGCUCUAGGAAGACUGGCUCGGGGGUGGGAGUGAGGAAAUCCGUGCUGGAGUCUUUGUUACGGGAUGGUCCCGUGGGGGGGGAUCUUCGUGAGGCGCUGCAGGAGCUGCGGUACUUGGUGUUGUCGACGCGCGUGGAAGCUGAUGGCGAUGGCAUGUCCACAUAUCGGGUCUACCUUUGGCUCGUCCUGUUGGAUAUCGCCCCCGUACCGACCGACAACUACCUCUCGCUCAUUCACCGCGGCCGCUCCCCGGCUUAUACGAAGAUCCGCAACGAUACCUUCCGCACCCUCGCCACCGAUCCGCUGUUCAAACGCCGUGUCACGGAAGCCAGUCUGAUUCGCCUGCUCAACGCGGUCGCGUGGACGUUCCACGACGAAAAGAGGAAGAAGCUGCGCUCCAAAUCCCGCCCGUCGGCGCGUCGACGCGACAUCGAGCUGCUUAUCAACACGCCGCCCAGCAUCGCCGAGGAGGAAUCCGAACCGAGCGUCGCGACACCGAGUAGCAGCAGCGUCACGGGCCGCAGUGGCAGCAAUAUCACCAUCGACUCCGCCAUCUACGUGCAGGGCAUGAACGUCCUGUGCGCGCCGUUCCUCUACGCCGCCCGCAGCGAGGUCGAGGCCUACGCGCUCUUCCAUACCUUCGUCACCCGCGAAUGCCCUGGCUACAUCCGCGGCGCCAUGGACGGCGUCCACCGUGGACUGCGCCUCGUCGAUCGGUGCCUCGAAGUCAUCGAGCCUAAGCUCGCGUCUUACCUGUUCUCCAAGGGCAUGCACGCCGAACUCUACGCCUUCCCGUCCGUCCUGACCCUCUGCGCCUGUACCCCACCACUUCCCGAGGUUCUCCAUCUCUGGGAUUUUCUCUUCGCAUACGGUCCCCAUCUCAACAUCCUUUGCAUUGUCGCGCAGCUCAUCCGCAUGAGAGACACUAUCCUCAACAGCCCAAGUCCAAACAAAAUCCUCCGCUCCUUCCCACCGCUCGACGCUAAAGAGAUCAUCGCUUUGACGGUGUUGAUCGUCCGAAAGAUUCCGGAACCGCUGUUCGCGGAGCUGAUCGACCAUGCUAAAUAGUUGGCGAGACGUCAUACUCAUACCUUGAAUGGCUACGUGCAUCAUUGUGUGGAUAGACUAAAACUAAACUUAUGGUUUGUCUGGUU